UCCUGCAGCCAUGGGUAGCAGAAGGCAGGGGUAUGUUUGGUGGCGUCUGUCCUGAAUAUUUAGUGUUUUUAACUGCAUUGUGGAGUUUCUAAAUCACAGACCGACUGAACGGGUUGUCCUAAAAGAGGAUCCAGGAGCCCAUCCUCAUGUCUAGAUUCGACCUGGUCCCGGUGGACGGUGGGGAACCGAUCCACCUGCCGCUGGGGGACACUGUGCUGGGCCGUGGUCCCUUAUUAGGGGUCAGCGAUAAGAGAGUUUCUAGACACCACGGCCUCCUGGAGAACCUGAACGGACAGCUGCGUCUCAAACCAACCCAUCUGAAUCCAUGCUUUGUCCAGUCCUCCCUGAGCGACGACCCUCGACCUCUGCAGAAAGACACCUGGUUCCCUCUGGGCGAUGGAGACCUGUUCUCUCUGCUGCCGGGUCAGUUCAUCUACAGAGUGGUGGCGGUGGGUGGAGAAGAAGCCACUCCCAGAAACAGUCAGAUGUUUGAAGAAGAAGAAAAUAAAUCACCAAUUCCUCCCAGUCCAGAUGUGGAGCCAGCGCCUUCUCCUGUUGGCUUGAAAUGUGGACAGACUCUGCCCCACGAGGGCACCACACAGGCAGCUCUAUCAGAUGAAGCCAACAGACCUCUACACCAGGCAGCUUCUGUUUUCUUGAAGGAUGAGGAGGCUCAGACUGGCGUUACUCCGCCAACAGUUUACAGGAAAAGAAUUUUACCUGGGUGGAUGAUGGCAGCGACUUCAAACGGUCGGUCCUCAAGUUCAAAAGUAAAAUCAGCUGUGAAGAGAAGUAAAGGACCUGUAUCUUCAUCAGCUGCCACUCAACGACCUGCAGCCAAACAGACCACACCUCCUCUAGCGACAUUACCAAAGGGGGUGGGGGUUCAUGAGGAGGAGAAGGAGGAAGAGGAGAAGAGGCCUAAGAAGAGGAGGAGGAAAGUGAGCGAUGAGGAGGUUCAGGCUACAACAGAGUGUAAAGAGGAGAGGGAUGAUCUCCCUGUGGAGGAGGAGGAGGAAGAGGACAGAGGACGGACGUUGACGGCCAACAGAAACGCCACAAACGUGGAAAAGAAACCAGAAAACACAGGAGAGACGAGUCAGAGGGUAAAACCUGUCGGGUCUAACAGCAGCUCAGUGUCCGGUACAGCAUCAUCGAAACGACUGCCUUGUCCGUAUGGGAAAGACUGCUACAGGAAAAACCCAAUCCACUUCCAGGAGUGCAGUCACCCAGGAGACCCAGACUACAAAGAGGAGGAGGAGGAUGAGGAGGAGGAGGCAGACCGACCUGAGUGCCCCUACGGCACCGACUGCUACAGGAAAAACCCUCUUCACAAGAAAGAAUUCAAACACACAAAGAGACCAGCUCGAACAUCACGCACCGUCGCCCAAAAGCCCCAAGCUGAUGACGAUGAAGAUGAUGAUGGUGAGGACGAUGAUAGCUUCAUUAAUGACGACAGCGAGGACCUGGGCGACGACUCGGAUUACAUGCCCCCAGAUUCGGAUGACAGCGGGAAGGAGGAAAUCAAACGGCUGCAGAAGGAAGCUAAGGUCUUUCUGAAGAGGAGGAAGUAGAUGCUGCUUCUCAUCUUGGUGGUUUUUUCCAGUGGUAGGCAGCUUUGUAACAUGUAGAGACGCAUUAGCAAAGGAAAUGCUGACAUUAAAUGAACAUCUGAUCAGGUUUUCAACAGUGAAUCACACCUGGAUAUGGAACAAAAACACUACAAAGGAACAGAUUUCUAUACAUUUACUGCAUUUAAACCCACUGUACAGACUAACAGCAGCAGUGAAUCAGCAAAACCAAAAACCUUAUCAUGAGCCUUGUCUUCAAAGUGGGCGACAGGCUUCAUCUUUAGGAAACCAAGAAAAGCUCUAGUUUUUGACAGAACAUCAAGAGCCAUUUAAGUUGAACUGAUGUUUUUAACAAAAAACAAAAAAUUCUGUGUAUUUUUCUGUGGAAUUUCGUCCUUUUCAGAGUAAGAGAAAAACAUUGAACAUUCAGGUGUUAGAACGACUUCCACGUUUGUUUUCCCUCCAUACCCGUCCACGACCUAUGGCGUCGCUUUUAUUUUUCCACGAUGUUGGCCUCAGUUGAAGACGCGUUUCCAAGGUGACACUUCUUGUUGACAUGGGGUCAUCGCAAAGUUGUUCUUCUUCUUAGCUGAAAUAUGUUUUAUAAAUAAUCUUUUUAGAUUUUCUUAUAGAUGAAUCCAGAUGUUGUGAGGAGCUGAAUUCUUGUCAUUUCCACCAUAUAUCUGUUGUUUGGUUUCAUUCUUGAAAUUAAUUAUGCAAAAACUACAUUAAUUUUCAGAGAUGAACCCAGAGCCUGGAGAUGUUUUUCUCCACUUUUUCUAACACUAAUGUGAGAAGAAUUGGAUGAACAGGACUGUGGGGCCUUGGAGGUCCUAUACCCAGUGCACUAAUAGUUUUUUAUGUCUGUUGGACUCAAAUACAACUUCUCAAAAUGAAAACUUUCCUGUCUUUAUUUCAUGUCAGAGGCUAAAACAUUUCCAA